AUGCCAAGGCAUAAGCCUGUAAUUCCACCCCUUACUACUUCGCCUGUGAAAAAAUAUCAGCCAUAUAAUUUAAAAAGACCUAAAAAAUAUGCUGAUUUCCUUGGCCCCCAAUCCGCACCUGAAUCCGAACCCUCAAUGUCAAAAAAGAAAGGACAUAAGCAUGUCCCAGCCGCUGAAGUCCCUAUUUCCCAGCCGUCACGAUGCAUUGAGAUAGCAAACGCCAGCGGCACCAUGAUGACACAACGCUGGGGGCCUGGCAUUGAGCCUACACAUUGGUGGCAGGUGCCAAAUCGCCACGAUCACGUAGGAAAUGCAAUGUCAGCGGAUGCCAGCAAUGUUUCGACUCCCCCUUCAACGCCAGCUCUAAAAAAGGAAUCACCAAUAUGGGAAGCAUCCCCUCAGGGUUGGCUGGAAAAUAUCGCAGAGCCCACUCCUUCGGGCCCAGACACUGCUCUGUCCCCUACACUGUUGCGGUCAGCUUCCCGAAAAUGGGCCAAGAGAGCAUUACGAAAUCUGCAAAAGCAAGUUGCAUGGCUCCAUUGGCGCCACGAUGUAAUACACAAAGUGGUGGAAAUCUAUCUAGGUCUAGAGGCAAAGAAGGCAGGACGUGUGCCCCUUGCCGCCCCCAGCGAGACGUUGUAUGAUAGAAACGGAAAACUGCAAACACCAGCAGCAUCGCUGUGCUCCCACUGCAAUACAUCUUUCCAGUUUCAUUCACUCAUGACGAUCGCAUUCUCAGGUGCCACGUGGCAGACGUUCAAAUAUUGCAAAUGUCCGUCCAAUACUCUCCCGCUUAGCAUCAUCCAGUCUGGCUACUUUCCAGGGUCACCUGUAACACCCCAAGUUGCCUUUCAUUUCGAUGUCCUUUCGCUGUAUUCAGCUUUGCAUGUGGACUCAUACACCCCGAUUGCCUCCUUUCAUGCCGCUUUGUUUGCCAUGUUACAAGAGAACGGUUACGAAUUCACCCACAACAUAAGAUCUAUUUGUUGCAUUGAGGCGAUAACAUGGUUUCAAGCCCUACGUGACUCGGUAGAGGUUGAAACGGAGAGAGAGUUUCUCCUACCCACAUCCCCUGCGGCACCCGAUGCACCGCUAUGUCGUUCCGCGCUGGUCGAGUCCACUGCGUUUACCCAUGUCGCUCCUGCCCACAAUGGCGAUCCAUCGGUCACUGCAUCCCAUGGUGUGAUGACUGUUAACCACGGCAUCCCAACCUCCAUAGGGACAUCACCGGACCUUCCAUUGAUGGUCCAUGAAUAUCCUGAUGUCAUCGUCGCCAUGGAUGGUAAUAUGCAACAUAAGCAAUACAUGUUUGUUGGAGGAGAGAUGAUUCUUCCCUGGAAUGAAACUUGCACAUUCCUCACCGAUGCCGAAAUCGAGGAAGCUGCCCGCCAUAUCUCUGAUGCACGAGCUGCAUCUAGAGGCUGUUCAGAAAGCCAUGAAACAUGGAAAGCAGUCAGCCUCAAAAAUGGAUACCUUCCGUUUGAAGGGCCUGAUGGAAACCCAGCACUUUCGAUUGCCAUGCUCCUUGCACUUAGCUGCCAACUACCCUCAAAUGCCACUAUUGGAUUAAUGUAUGAUGUUGGGUGUGUUCUUGAUCGAUUGAUCGCCAAGUACAAUCUUAUCCCCGAAAUUGCUCCUAGAUUGAGCAUCGCCAUUUCAGUCUUCCAUGCCUAUGCACAUCAAUUCUGUUGUCAAAUCACAUUUCACCCCUGGAAACGAAAUGGGUUCGGAAAGUCAAAUGGGGAAGGAAAUGAGCGAUUAUGGUCCUUGAUUGUUGAUACAAUUGUGCCUGAACGCAUAAUGAGUCCGGCAAAACGAAUCACAACUAUCAACAACAAAAUCAAGAUGAUCGUGUGCUGUGGCCGAGACCGCCUUGCUUCAUUGGCUAGGUCCAAAUUGGCUGCCAUUGUUCGUGAGGAGGCGCUUCUAACCGACCUCCUGCAAGAUUUGAAGAGUAAGAGGGGAUUCACAACUCCUUUCCUUCAAUCCCAGUGGGAAGAGCAAAAGUCUUUGCAGCUCUCCGUUCGAGCCUACAAUGAUCAAGCCGGAAUGAAAAAGUUCGCCAAACUUUUGGAAGCUGAACGAUCAGCCCAGGCACAUUCGGACGCAUUGGAUGCCGUAAAGAAGGAGCUGGACCGAAUCAGCUUGGCAUGA